AUGAGAAAUUUGGAGUGUGUCUACACAAAAUCACGAAGGUAUCCCUCGUCUAUCUUUCCGACACUCAGGAGGUCGUCAACUAGUCCGAACACGGCGUCCUCUCCUGACACUAAUGCCUCAUCUUCGCCAUGCUCGGACUCUAGUGGGACCCAUGCUGGCAUUUCCAUUCCCCACUCAGAUAGUCCCGCCAGUGUGGACGAAUGUGGGAACAACGGCCUUUUCGACGGGGAAUCUCUAACUCAAUUAUUGGUCUCUGGGAGCAAAGCCAUAUCAGGCCAACCACAUAUCGCCAUUAAGCCACAUGUUCUGUCUACCUAUCCCCUUGACAACCUCCUCUCAGACAUUGAGGGACUCCUCGAGCAGCCAGUCUCUCAUUUGGCUCAAAGCAAGGAAGAUCUAACAAAACCGGACCGGAUGUUUCGAACUCGCCUUCCAGCGGUCUCAGGUGAGGACAAUGAGUAUCUGCUAAGGAAAGGAGCUCUGCUGCUCUUGCCACCAGCCUUGCGCAACGAACUAUUGGCGGCAUAUGUCAACUACGUCCAUCCGCUAUUACCGAUUCUUGAUCUUGGAGACUUUCUCUCACAAAUCAUUGUUGGAGAUGAUGCUCAAUUCAAGUCACCACUAUUAUACCAAGCUGUCAUGUUCGCGGGCAGUAUUUUUGCUCAGCGAGACGGCACAGACGAACCUGAACAGCUAACGAGGGCUUUAUUUGAACGUACAAAGGUUCUAUACGAGUUUGAAUCCGAAUCAUGUGCCUACACUCAAAUUCAAGCUCUCUUAUUGAUGACUCUCUGGCAUGGAGAUAUGUCACGCCACAAAGGCCCGUCUUACUGGCUUGACGUCGCCUUCUCCACUGCGGAAAGAAUUGGCCUACUCCAUGAUGAAGACUGGCCAUGCGAUAGCCGUUCCUUCCGAUCCGCUAUGUGGUGUUGCCUUUACGUACGUGAUCGAACAAUCUCGCUUGGGUCUCGUCGGCCUCCACGGAUGCCAGUCAACAAAUAUCCGGACUCAAUUCUCCAUCUUAUGAGCGACGCACCUCGGGAAUAUGACGAAAUAAUUCUUGAGAGUCUAGGUAGCGCUUCUCUGAUGCUUACAAGCACUUACCAAGAACAAUCGACCAUGCUCUUCAAGGAACUUGUCAAACUCUCCUACUGCGUCGGGGCAAUCUUAGAUUAUCUAUACGAAGGGGCCUGGGUCCGAAUACCAACACGUCGCAGCAGCUUUUAUUCACUCGCCCCUAAAUGCAGCAUCUCGCCAUCCAUCAGACCAAGCUGUGAGAAACUACUUUACUCUUGGAUUCAAUUCCUCCCUCUCAACGCAGUCUACCAUCCGCCACAGUUGCCCGCCGAUGCGGAAGGGGAGUCAGCCGAAACAGUCUUCCUUGUCCACAAAGCCUUCCUUUACUUGCUGUACCUAGCCUCCAUGGCAGUCAUAUACCGCACAGGCACUCAUAGCCAACAAACCAGCACGGCAACUCCGAACAUGGAAGGUCUACGGGCAUCGACGUCACAAAUAAAAAAGGUCCUUGCGGAGCUGCAGGGCAUGGGACUGCUUCAGUUCCUUCCAGGGGCAUCAGUCACUAUCCUGAUGUUCGCUGUGGAGGCUAGUCUGUUGGAUCUCCAGGGCUCGGAUACCAUGGUCCGAAGGCAGGCUAUGUCAAAUCUAUAUGCCUGUGAGGAGGCUGCGUUACACUUGAUGCAGGCUUAUCCUACGGCUGAGAUGGCGGUAUUGAAGACUAGGACAGCCCGUGCAAACCUUCUUGGGUUGGUUGAGACAUGA